AUGAAGAAUAUACAUUCAAAUAAUAAUGAAAGCGAUUGUUUGCUGAGUUUGGAUUCAAUGAAUCAAAGAAUCCGUACAAUGGAGUACGCGGUCAGAGGAGCCAUACCUAUCAGGGCUACAGAAUUAGAGAAAGAGCUUAAAUCGGGUGUUAAGAAGCCAUUUGAUGAAGUGAUUCGCGCCAAUAUCGGUGAUUGUCAUGCCAUGAAUCAACAACCACUCACUUUCUUCAGACAAGUGUUGUCAGGAGUUUUGAGUCCCACUCAAUGCCUUUCAAACCCAGAUAUACCCGAAGAUGUGAAGCAAAGGGUAACUUUACUAUUAGAUGGAUUGGGUGGCAGAUCUGUGGGCGCAUAUUCUGACGCUUCUGGAGUGGAAAUCAUCCGAAGACAUGUCGCUGAAUAUAUCGAAGAAAGAGAUGGAAUACCAAGCGAUUGGUUAAACAUAGUGCUCACUACGGGUGCCUCUGAGGGCGCAAAAGCCAUGCUUUCAUUUAUCAAUUCGGGCUCAACUGAUGGCAUUCCGACGGAAUUAGAGAAAGAGCUUAAAUCGGGUGUUAAGAAGCCAUUUGAUGAAGUGAUUCGCGCCAAUAUCGGUGAUUGUCAUGCCAUGAAUCAACAACCACUCACUUUCUUCAGACAAGUGUUGUCAGGAGUUUUGAGUCCCACUCAAUGCCUUUCAAACCCAGAUAUACCCGAAGAUGUGAAGCAAAGGGUGACUUUACUAUUAGAUGGAUUGGGUGGCAGAUCUGUGGGCGCAUAUUCUGACGCUUCUGGAGUGGAAAUCAUCCGAAGACAUGUCGCUGAAUAUAUUGAAGAAAGAGAUGGAAUACCAAGCGAUUGGUUAAACGUAGUCCUCACUACGGGUGCCUCUGAGGGCGCAAAAGCCAUGCUUUCAUUUAUCAAUUCGGGCUCAACUGAUGGCAUUCCGACGGUAUCCAUUAUAUUCGGCUACCAUUUUCUCACUACGGGUGCCUCUGAGGGCGCAAAAGCCAUGCUUUCAUUUAUCAAUUCGGGCUCAACUGAUGGCAUUCCGACGGGUGUUAUGGUUCCCAUACCUCAGUAUCCAUUAUAUUCGGCUACCAUUUGUGAAUUGGGAAUGCAUUUGAUUUCAUAUUAUUUGGACGAACAAAACGAAUGGGCGCUUAAUAUCGACGAAUUGAGCCGCGCUUACGAAGAAUCCAAGAGUCACUGCAAACCCAAAGCGAUUGUUGUGAUAAACCCGGGAAACCCAACCGGUUCUGUACUCACCCGACAUAAUAUUGAAGAUAUUAUUCGUUUUGCAAAACAAAACAAUUUAAUAAUAAUUGCUGACGAAGUAUAUCAGCACAAUAUCUGGAAAAAUGGGGCAAAGUUUUACUCAUUUAAGAAAGUAAUGCAUGAAUUAGGCAUAAGACUUGAAUUGGUGUCAAUGAUGAGCGCUUCCAAAGGUUUUAUGGGCGAAUGCGGUCUUCGGGGCGGAUAUUUAGAGAUCUCUAAUUUUGAUGCUCAGGUGAAGGCCAUGUUCUUGAAGAUGUUGAGCGCCCGACUCUGUUCAUCCAUUUUAGGCCAAAUAGCGAUGGAUUGUGUGGUGAAACCGCCUGCCAUUGGAUCGCCUUCUUAUGAGACGUUUAUUAAAGAAAAGGAAGAAGUCUUAGAAUCUCUACGAUUGAGGGCUAAACUGACAGCCGAUACGUUUAAUUCGAUACCAGGAAUAGUGUCCAAUCCAGUGGCCGGCGCUAUGUAUGCCUUUCCCAGAAUUGUUUUGCCAGAAAAAGCUAUUAAAGCGGCCGAAGAGAGGGGACAGAAAGCAGACUUUUUCUAUGCGAUGACUUUACUGGAAAAGGCGGGUAUUUGUGUAGUGCCGGGCUCUGGCUUUGGCCAAAUUCCUGGUACUUAUCACUUCCGGACCACUAUUUUGCCACAAAUUGACAAAUUGGAGAAAAUGAUGAAA